GGCGCACCAGCCGGAAGUGCUCGUGUUGUGGCGGAAGGAGAUGCUCUCUGGGAGCCGCGGCGGCUGACGGAAGAGUGGCGGGCGAAGAUGAUUCAGGCCAUUCUGGUUUUCAACAACCACGGGAAGCCGCGGCUGGUCCGCUUCUACCAGCGUUUCCCAGAAGAAAUCCAGCAGCAGAUUGUUCGAGAGACCUUCCAUCUAGUUCUCAAGCGGGAUGACAACAUCUGUAACUUCUUGGAGGGUGGAAGUUUGAUUGGCGGCUCUGACUACAAGCUGAUUUACCGGCACUAUGCUACCCUCUACUUUGUAUUUUGUGUGGAUUCAUCGGAGAGUGAACUUGGAAUCUUGGACCUCAUCCAGGUUUUUGUGGAGACCUUGGAUAAGUGUUUCGAAAAUGUUUGUGAAUUGGAUUUGAUCUUCCAUAUGGAUAAGGUACACUACAUCCUCCAGGAGGUGGUGAUGGGUGGGAUGGUGUUGGAAACCAACAUGAAUGAAAUCGUGGCUCAGAUGGAAGCUCAGAACAGGCUGGAGAAAUCCGAGGGUGGCCUCUCGGCAGCCCCCGCCCGGGCCGUGUCUGCUGUGAAGAACAUCAACCUGCCAGAGAUCCCUCGGAACAUCAACAUCGGCGAUCUCAACAUCAAAGUCCCCAACCUGUCCCAGUUCGUCUGAGGGUCAAAGACUGGACUGAACUGGAGUCCUUGAAACCAGCAAAGCCAAGCCUGUCCUGCCAUGGCACCCACUCCCAGCCUCAGAAGUCAGGCCUUGGGCCCAGACCCUUGCUGUCACGGCAUGGGGACCGGAGUCCUGUGUCCACUGCCAGCCGGUGUUCGGUUCUCACAUGUGCAGCUUUGCCGGUCUCUGAUGCACGUGGCCGUUGCCGAUGUGUGGGGUCCUUGGCUUCCUCAAUGGGGGGUCCGCGUGCCCAAGCCACUCACACCCUUUACCUCCCGCCUGCAGCCACUCCCAGGGGCUGGGGACUAUUGAGAGCCCAUCUGCUUCCCAGAGCCCCCUCACGAGGGCAUUCUCUGACUGGAGGCUUCAUCCUUAGCACCACGAGGCUUCUGAGCUCCUGUAGCAUUUACUUUUGCUGGUGAGGUGCCAUAGCUCAAAAAGGGCUGAUGCUUCAGAUUUGGGGGUGUGCUGAGUGGCACACCAGGCGGGAUUUUAGGAGAACCAGAGUUGCCCCCUGGCUCUAGUAGGGUUAUCAUACCCAGAAUCCUUCUGUGUUAGCCAAGCUUUCUGAUCACCGCCUCCUGCAGAAUACACGUGCCCGCUGCCCUAGUCCUACGUCUGCUCUCACAGGCGUUCUGUGCAGGACACUCCAACUUGUAACCCUGGGGCAUGCGCACCACCUUUCUGCUAACGGGGAGAGAGCCCCUGCACGGCCACCUCUCCAGCACACCCCAGCCCUCCCAGGGAAGAGGCCCUGUGUCUGUAGAACACGUGGACCGUCUCCGAAUUCCGACUCUCCAGGUUUGAAAUACAUUCUCCUCACGAGGAGCAGACAGGUCUGUG